AUGUCAGCAGUGGAACAAUUUGAGACUAUAUUGAAGGAGUUGCCAACGUUGAAGGCUCCUGGAGUGUCAGGGUCGCGUAUAAAGAAGUUGACCGACCUUGCAGUGAAGAAUGUAUCGGAGGAGUCGAAAUUGAUAACCAUUUUAUAUUCUAACUGUAAAGCGGCUCCAUCGUCGCACAAAUUGGGGACGUUAUACGUGGUUGAUUCGAUCGUAAGAAUCUUUAUUGAGGAAGCGAAGAAACAGAAUCAAGAAAUCACCUCGCUGGCUCCAGAAGGAACGUAUGCAUCGGCCAUUUACAAGAUCAGUGAACUAGUCGAACCGCUUAUUGACGAUGCGAUGGAAUUACUGGUUAGUAAAUCCCAGUCAAUUAAAAUUGGUAAAUUAGUAGACAUUUGGGAAAGAGCUGAAACGUUCAAACCAGAGAUUAUCAAUAAGAUCAGGUCGAAGCAUUUCAGCUCCACCACUCCUCCUGGCUCUCCUCCCGGUAAUAAUAGUGAACCAGCGAAACAACCUGAGAGUAAUUCAAACGAUUCUGGUAGUAUCUUACUGGCUUUAGCAUCGUUGGCAAAGAAGUCUAAUUCCAAUAGCUCUACGCCUACUACUGCCUCAGCUGUUCCAGCUCAACAACCUCCACAACCACAACAGCCGUCUGGAAAUAAUGCCAAUGACAUUUUAUCUCAACUUUCAGCUAUGGCGGGCAGUAAUGGUGCUGCUCCACAACAGAAUAAUGCUCCUCAACCGGCGCAAUCUGCGCCAAAUGAACAGUAUAUUUUCAAUAUGUUGCAACAAAUGCAAAAUGGUAGUGCUUCUCUUCCCCCAAUCCCCCAACAACAACCAAGGCAAACUGGACAACCGGACUACGGCACUGGUAGACGCGGUCGUAAUGAUGAUAAUGUUACUAGUUAUUCUAGAAGAAACAGAUCGAGGUCACCAAACCGUUUUGGACAGAACAACAGAAGAGAUAGAUCACCACCAAGACAACAAUUCCAACAACCAUUCCAGCAACAAAUACCCCAGCAAUUCCCAACUCAACAGUCGCCAAUGCCUCAAAUUCCUGGUGGACCUCCAGACUUCAAUGCUCCUAAUGAAAUGAACGGUGAAAUGAAUUUACCAGGCACCCCUCAUUACCGUCCUCGUAAUGUUGGAUUUGAUCAAUCAUUACCACAAGGAUCCUUUAAGGUGUUAUCAAGAACUUUAUUUAUCGGAGGUGUUCCAAGAAAUAUGGAUGAAAAGGAGUUAGCAUCAGUUUUGAGACCAUAUGCAGAAGUUCAAUCCGUCAUUUUGAACAGUGAAAGAAAGCACGCUUUUGUAAAGGUGUAUUCAAGAAGAGAAGCUGAGCAAGUCAUUACCUCAUUUAACAAAGAUAAUGCAUUGCCCUUAAGAACUCGUUGGGGUGUUGGGUUUGGGCCAAGAGAUUGUUGUAAUUAUCAACAUGGUAUCUCAAUUAUUCCAAUCCAAAGAUUGACCGAUGCCGAUAGGGCUUGGGUUGUUCAGGCCCAGUGGGGUGGUACUGGUGGUCAGCCAUUGCUGAGUGGUAUGGUUAUCGAUGAGCCGGAUAUUGAAAUUGGUACUGGUAUAUCCUCCAAAGCUAUGUCUAAGAAAAUGCCUACUAAUUCUGCUAGAAAUGGUCCAAAAUCUAAUAAACCAGGUGAGCCUGAUGAAGAUUAUGUUAAGACUACAUUAAUUCCUCAACAGAACGCAUCCAUGUCUCAUGGUGCACAACCAGAUUUCACAACUUUAACUCAAUCAUCUGUGAAUCCACUUAGUGGUUUGUUUGGAAACUCCAAUAGCCCAAAUCCAGGUUUUUCAAUGCCUUCUCAGCCGGCUCAACCUGCUCAACCUGCUCAGGGUAACUUUCCUCAAGCAAAUGAUUUUAUGAACACAUUAAAUCAAGGUGGUGGUAAUCCAAAUUUAAGUGCACAGUUAGCAAAUUUUUUUCAAAAUGGAGGAAUGAAUCAACCUCAAUGA